AUGGCCGACAGGUUUUCCUCGAAUCUGCCCGAGGGCGUCUUCUCCCUCCUCGAUACUGACCUCUACAAACUGACAAUGCAAUGCUGUAUCCUGAAGUACUUCCCAGACGUAUCCGUCACAUACAGCUUCACCAACCGCACUCCAGACAAGAAGCUUACCCGCGCCGCCUUCCGUUGGCUCCAGACCCAAGUAGACCGCCUAGAGAGAAUCGCCUUGUCCGCCGACGAGCUCGACUUCCUGAAGACGACGUGCACCUACCUCAACGACCAGUACUUGCUAUUCCUCUCCCAGUUCCGCCUCCAGCCUUCCAAGCAACUGAAGCUGUUCUUCAAACCGAUAGAGGACACCGGGUCGGACAGCGAUCUAGGCGAUUUCAGCAUACAUACUGAGGGGCUGUGGGUGGACACCAUCCUAUACGAGAUACCGUUGCUUGCUCUGGUUAGCGAAGCGUACUUCAAGUUCGUUGACACCGACUGGAGCCAUGCGGGGCAGGUCGAGAAGGCAUACCAGAAGGGAAAGACGCUGCUGGAGGAAGGGUGCAUCUUUUCGGAAUUCGGCUCACGGAGACGGCGCGACUACCACACCCAAGAUCUGGUCCUCCAGGGGCUGCGCCGCGCGGAGGCUGAUGGAACACAGAAAGGGUGGAAGGGCAAGCUGACAGGAACGAGCAACGUCCACUUUGCGAUGAAGCACGGCUUGGUUCCUGUAGGGACCGUGGCGCAUGAGUGGUUCAUGGGCGUCGCCGCCAUCACGAACGACUACGAAAACGCCAACAAGAUUUCCCUGGAGUAUUGGACGUCGACAUUCGGCGAAGGCGUGCUAGCUAUCGCACUGACCGAUACCUUCGGGACGCCGGCAUUCUUGAAAGCCUUCAAGGAGCCCGUCCCCGAGCUCACGACUGCCGCGUCAGGAGGUGCGACGACACUGGCCUCCGCAGCUGCCACGACCAAUCCCGACGUUAACACGCUGGCGUACACUGAGCCCCCCAUCAAGGCGGGAAUUGAUGGAAUCAACAAGCCAAGGAAAACGUACGCGGAGGUGUUCACGGGUGUGCGUCAAGACUCGGGCGAUCCCUUGGACUUCAUCAAGAUGAUGCGCCAAUUCUACGACGAGCAGGGCAUCAAGGCGAAGAAGACGAUUGUCUUCUCUGAUUCGCUCAAUAUCGAGCUCUGCCUCAAGUACAAGGCUGCGGCGGAGGCUGCAGGCUUUCAGCCAACCUUCGGCGUGGGCACUUUCCUGACGAAUGACUUCGUGGAGGAGUCGACUGGCGAGAAGUCGGUCCCGCUCAACAUCGUCAUCAAGAUCGCCUCCGCCUCGGGCCGUUACGCCGUCAAGAUCAGCGAUAACAUUGGCAAGAACACGGGCGACAAGGCGACGGUCGAGGAGGUCAAGAAGCGUCUGGGCUACACCGAGAAGACGUGGGCAGGCGGAGACGAGAAGACGCGGUGGGGUUGAGCACAGCCAGCCACCUCUUAGCGAGCUGUUCUAGAGUAUGAGUCUGGAUGGACUUUCCACGUUCACGUGCAUACGGCAUGUAGGCUAGACAGAGUUGGAUGGUUGAUUCCGCAAUACCCAACCAGCAAUGCGGGGCGUUCGCAGCUGAGCGGCGAAGGUGUAAGGCUGAGCUUACCGGAUCGGACCCUGGCUUACGAAGUCCGCGGCGGCGGAGCAUGAUUUUACGGGUGUGCGCAAUGCGAACGGCGUGGCAUAAUGUAGGGCUUUCGGAUAAAGUCGCGAGGGGGCGCGCAGUAUUGCGCAGGGCGAGUGGCUCAUAGACAAUCUGACAGACGAACGACGUGUAUGGAGUUGGCGGUGCAAAAA